CCGACACAAGCCGUGCUUGUGCGUGUGUCGGUGGAGCGGGGUGGGGGCGCAGAUCUCGGGCGGCACUAGGACCCGGCAGCCGUGCUGCACAAAGACGAGAGCUGGGAAGCCGCGUUAAAAGAAGGGCCGGCGCUCCUCCCGCCGAGGCGGGCGAGUGGGCGGGUUUCGGUGGAUGUUAAGCAGAUGGGACGUGUCGAGCAGCUCAGCUCAGCUCCGGCAGGCAGUUACGGUGUGGCCGCGGAACCGAGGAGGCGGGUCGUACUCCGUGCCCUUGGCACAGUAGUUAAUCCCCAGUUCGCCGGUGCCUUCACCUACUGUAUCUCCGUGUGCGGCUCUGACAGGGACUCAACGCGCAGAGCCGUCUAAUAAAUCCCUGAGAGCGAAUCGCUGCCCGAACCGGACCGGACGAGCUGCCCUUCUCGUCCCCAGAAACCCGGUGCCAGAGAGAAAAAGGACCCGUCCCCCCCCCCGCCCUGUGUGGACUUCGGCAGCCGGGAGGCGCAGGGUGACGGACAUCGGUACCUGUCGCCGGUUUUGUUUACGGUCAUCUUGUGCCUUGGAGAUCGCUGAAAAAAAACUUUCGAUCUCGUCCGGGUGAAUCAAUAUUCGAGCAGCGAUGCCGGGCUUCGAUUACAAGUUUCUGGAGAAGCCGAAGAGGCGGUUCCAGUGCCCUCUGUGUAAUAAAGCCAUGCGAGAACCCGUGCAGGUAUCUACCUGCGGACACCGAUUCUGCGAUACCUGUCUCCAGGAGUUCCUGAGUGAGGGUGUGUUUAAAUGCCCAGAAGACCAGUUGCCUCUGGACUAUGCAAAGAUCUACCCUGACCCUGACCUGGAGCAGCAGAUUCUGUCUCUGUCCAUCCGCUGCAUCCACAGCGAGGAGGGCUGCCGCUGGACUGGGCAGAUGAAGCAGCUACAGAGUCAUUUCUCCACCUGCGCGUUCAACGUGAUCCCCUGCCCAAACCGCUGCGCCAUCAAGCUGACCAGGAGGGACCUGCCGGACCACCUCCAGCACGACUGCCCCAAGCGCAAGGUCAAGUGCGAGUUCUGCGGGAAUGAGUUCACCGGGGAGGCCUACGAGAACCACCAGGGCAUCUGCCCGCAGGAGAGUGUGUACUGCGAGAACAAGUGUGGGGCGCGCAUGAUGCGCAGGCUGCUGUCCCAGCACAGCCUGGCCGAGUGCCCCAAGCGCACCCAGCCCUGCAAGUACUGCGGCAAGGAGUUCGUCUACGACACCAUCCAGAACCACCAGUACCAUUGCCCUCGGUUUCCAGUGCAGUGCCCAAACCAGUGCAACGCCCUCAACGUGCCCCGCGAGGAUCUGGCCAGCCAUCUGAAGGAGAGCUGCGGCAGUGCCCUGGUACUGUGCCCGUUCAAGGACGCCGGCUGCAAGCACAGGUGCCCCAAGGUGGCGAUGGGUAGGCACCUGGAGGACACCAGUAAGGCCCACCUGACCCUGAUGUGCAGCCUGGUGAGCCGGCAGAGGCAGGAGAUCCAGGAGCUGCGGCGCGAGAUGGAGGAGCUGUCGGUCAGCCACGACGGCGUGCUCAUCUGGAAGAUCUCCGACUACUCCCGCAAGCUGCAGGAGGCCAAGCUCAGGAACAACUACGAGUUCUUCAGCCCCCCCUUCUACACCCACAAGUACGGCUACAAGCUGCAGGUGUCGGCCUUCCUCAACGGUAACGGCAGUGGGGAGGGCACCCACCUCUCCAUCUACAUUCGGGUGCUGCCCGGCGAGUACGACAGCCUGCUGGAGUGGCCUUUCUCCUACAAGGUCACCUUCUCCAUCCUGGACCAGAGCGACCCCUCGCUGUCCAAGCCCCAGCACAUCACCGAGACCUUCAACCCCGACCCCAACUGGAAGAACUUCCAGAAGCCCGGCAGCUCCCGGAACUCUCUGGACGAGAGCACGCUGGGCUUCGGCUACCCCAAGUUCAUCUCCCACGAGGAGAUCAAGAAGAGGAACUACAUCCGGGACAAUGCCAUCUUCCUCAAGGCUUCCAUCGAAAUUCCUCAGAAGAUCAUCGCUUAAGAGCCGCGCAGAGCUGGUCAGCCCAAACUCGGAAAAUGAGGACUUGUCCCUCGAAUUCUUCAAGUGUGGACGGUGGCUCUCCUGCACAGAGCUUGUCCAGCCCCUUCCCUAGAAGAUACUGCAGCCCAAGAGGCUGGCUGUAUCAGCUGCCAGGGCAGAACCCCAAGCAGAGUAACAUCAGCCUUCCUCAUAGCUGCCUCUUUGCCUAGAGGUGCUGUAUGUGUGUGGUUCGCGACCACUGUAGGGGUUUUUCAAUCUAGAAUGGAAAACCUUGGUGAUUCAGGAGUGCCUCUUCAUUCUUUUAACUCUUUUCUACUGACCUGCCACAGAAAAUGUCUGUGAGACAUUGCUGAGGAGACACAAAACCCUCAGGAGAGGAGAGGAGGAGUGAUUCACAAAAGCGCUAGUUGUGACCUAAACCUCCUCUGUUACUGAGCAGGGCUCUGUUCUGUUCCCCUGCUGGUGUGGUCUAUUCAGGAUGACCGCGGGAUAGGCAGUAGUGUUAAGGUGCCAAUGGAAGGCCACCUACAAUCUCAAUAAGAGUUCUGUUUGCAGAUUUGAACUUUGAAACAGGUGGGACUGGUGCAGUGGAGCAGAAACAAUUUCAGUAGAGAGAAACUCUUGCGACUGUGAAUGGUUUAACAAAUACUGGACAAAUGCACAAUACACAUACACAUUCCUUGCUUUGGUCUACAUGGGGUCAUGUCCAGUGUGACUUUCUGUAGACAGGGUGCCGCUUGGUUUUCCAUCUUAGAAUUCUGUGUUGUUUUUUCUUCUUCCCGGUGAACAGUUUCAAUCAACGAAUGAGAUGUGAGAUUUUGUGGACGUUUCGUUCCGUGUCCCGCAGCGGAAGAGAGGCUGGAGCGCGGCCGGCUGGCAGAAACGCCAGGCGACUGACCGCUGACAGCAUCCAGUCUGCCUGGACGCCAGGAAAGGUCCAGGCGUUUCACAUCUGAUUCUUAGAUAAGGGAUUUAGCAUAUGUUUGCCAGCCCAGCUGCUAAUGUACAGCCAGGUACUGUCACAAAGAUCAGAGCUGAUCCCAAAACUGAAAACUGGGGAUGAAACGUGGGAAGGAGAAGCCAUGGAACAGCAUGAGGUUGUUCACAUAUCCAGAUGUAUUUUUUGUUGCUCUGCAGAACACAAAGCAUCAGAAAGGAAAUAAGCGAUCAUUGGAAGAUAUUGCACACACCACUUUUGUACUGUAUCCUGCACUCUUGAAAAUGACCGCUGGUCUCCAGGAAGGGGUGGGGAGGGGGGGGGCAGUGGGGAGGGGGAGGGGGACAAAACUAGCUGAGCCUGGAAACUCGUCAUGUGACAAACUGUGAACAGUGGGCCCCUUGCGGGGCCACGGAUACGGGUUUCUCCGGAAAUCUGUUCUCUCUGUCGCUGAGGGACGGAGAGAGGGCUUUUGAACCGUGGUCGGGACUGUUGCAGAUCUGAACUUUGAAACGGCUUGGACUGGUGCAGGUGCCAGCUGACGGGGUUAGAUUCUGUAAACGUGCGAGCGUGGCAUCUCGGCUGCGUCAGGGCCAGCAGCAAGGCAUCCUGGGAGGAAGGGGUUGCUGGGACACGCUGUGAGUUGCUGACAAGAGGUAACAGCCUUGUGCAAUACAGCUGUUAACACCAGAGCUAUAGCAUAAAGAUCCACAGAAGCUCUUAAUAUAUUAUAUAUAUGUAUGCUAAUGUAUAAAAAAAGGAUGAAAGCACAUUUUCUGUACUUUUUAUUCUUGACAAAAUCCUCAUUUAAUCCGUUUCUACUACAGCGAUUUUAAGAGAACUGACAAUUUUUGUAACCAUAUUUUGCAAAAGCGAUGUCAAGGGUUUAUACAAGAUGCCGUUUCGGGGUUUUUUUUUUUAAACGAAAAGGGGUUGGUGUUUUUGUAGGAGGGGCAGUGGUGGGGCAGCAUGAGCGGUUUGAACCUUUUUAAGUUUCAUUUAAUUUGAACCUGUCAAAUGUCAGUUUUAUUUCUUCGUUUUUAAUAUCCUGUCUGUAUUAUUUCUCCUUGUGAAAUUAUUUAUUGUGAUGGCCAUGCUGUCCUCCAGAACCAAGGGGGUGGCCAAUGUGCUAUGAACAGGUUGAAUGAUGGUUUCUUUUUUUGAAAUAAAAUAUGAUUCGUUUAUC